AUGAUUUUAGGACUUCCAUUUACCGAAGUGGAGAAGAGAUUUUUCACCGCUAAAAAUCUGUAUGGGGAUAAUGCCACCCCAUGGGAGUUAUUAACAGAUGAUCUUCCAUGGCAUAAGGUGCUGAAUUCCAAUAGAGACAUUGAGUCUCAGAAAGUCAUUUAUGUUUUCACUUUCCUGACCAAGACAUCCAAGAAAAAUUCCAGCAACAGUAAAAAUAGAAACAGAGUAGCUGGUUGUGGCACUUGGAAUGUUAACUCUUCCGCCAAGCCAGUCAGGGAAAACUGCGGAUUCGGAAGGAAAAUGGGAGAAAGUAAGGAUUUCACCUUUGAAUCUGCAGAACAAACUGUUGGGCAGUGGACCAUGACAGAGUAUUCCAUCGAUGCAGCUGCCAAUGGGAUUCCGGAAGUCCAAGGAAUAAAUUACUCUGACUAUGUGCUAUGCAAGAUUAAAAGGGACGAUUCAAAAUCGUCCAAGGGAGGAAGAAUUGUGUCUCGCAAGAGAAAUAAUGAGAAUGUGCUGCGGGAACAAGCGGGACUGAAUUUCAGAAAGAAGAUGAAAUCAGUAAGCAGCAAUGACGACUUCAGUGUGUUGACCAAUCAUGAUGAUUCUGCAGCCUUAGACAUGAAGAACGAGGAGGCUGGAAGUUCUUCUUAUGGAUCAUUGGAUUGUGGAAGUGGAGUCCCUUCGCUGAUGAAUGCGAGGAAUUGGGAUGUUUUUGCAGCUGCUGGUCCAUCCACAUGUUGGAACAGCAUUCCAGACAAUGAAGCAUUUUGUUUCAGUUCAAGUUUUCAGAGUACUGAUUUGGAUCCUUGGCUGAAAGAGCUGGAAACUUUUUAUCGAUCUUGAUUCAUUUGGCUGUGAUGAUCGGGGACUGGAACUUCUGGAAACGAUAAUGGUGGCCCUUUGCAGAUAAAUGAGGUCGAUCCUGAAUUGCUGAUGCUGUUGCUGCUGCUGCUUUCUUUCCUGAAAGAAAUGUUGGACAGUUUGUUGUUCCUGAAUUGAUCCUUAAUUGAUCUGAUUUAUUGUUCUUAACCCCAUUGCAUAUCAGACAGUUUGUAGAGUAUCUGUUCAGAUUUUGAUAGAGGGUAUCUUAGACUAGAC